AUGGACAUGUCCGCGGUUUCCUACGGAAGCAGAACCAGUGAGUUCGAGGUGAAUAUCGUGCGGCUGACCGGACAGUUGACAUUGAGUGAUGUGGCCAUCGAAUUCUCUCCAGAAGAGUGGGAAUGCCUGGACCUUGCUCAGAGGGCCUUGUACAGGGACGUGAUGUUGGAGACCUACAGGAACCUGAUCUCUGUGGAUAUUUCUCAUAUACACGUGGUAAGGAAAUUACAGCUAAAAUCAAACAUUGAUAGAGGAGGAGUAUUCCAAACAGUGAUUUUGGGAAGACAUGAAAUCCAGGAACCUUUUUACCUCUCGGAAAUACAGGAGAAUAUGUUUGACUUUGGAUUUCAGUGGAGACAUGAUAAAAGAAAUUACAGAAAUAUCCCUACAUCCCAUAACCAAAAUGUCACUGAUAGAAGAAGUCAGCAUGGUGGAAGGGAUGUGGGAAAGAACCAUAUUGGAAAUAGACUUGUGUUAAGCCUUCAGGAUGAACUGCAUAUGUUUAAAAGUAAACAGAAAAUUGAUGAUUUUAAUAAAGCUAAGAAGAGUAUCAGCAGUACUUCCUCAUUUUCACCAGUUGAAGGAAUUUCUCCUCCUGUCCAAACCAACAUUUCUAGUAUGUAUUUUAUGCAUCCUUCAAUACUGACACAAGACCAGAGCCCACACAGGGAAAUACCUUACAAUGAGUAUGGCAAAACGUUUCAUCAGGGCGCAAAUCUCAGGAGUCAUCAGAGAAUCCAUAUGGGAGAGAAAUUACAUAAAUGUGAUGUAUGUGACAAGGUCUUUAGCCGAAAUUCAGAUCUUGUAAUUCAUCAAAGAAUUCAUACUGGAGAGAAACCUUACAAAUGUAAUGAGUGUGGCAAGGUCUUUAGUACAAAAGGAAAGCUUUCAGUUCAUCAGAGAAUUCAUACUGGAGAGAAACCUUACAAAUGUAAUGAGUGUGGUAAAACCUUUAAUCAGAGCUCAGUCCUCACUCGACAUCGGAUAAUCCAUACAGGAGAGAAAUUACAUAAAUGUGAUGUAUGUGACAAGGUCUUUAGUCAAAAUUCAGACCUUGUAAUUCAUCAAAGAGUUCAUACUGGAGAGAAACCUUAUGAAUGUAAUGAGUGUGGCAAGGUCUUCAGUCAGAAAAGAAAGCUUUCAGUUCAUCAGAGAAUUCAUACUGGAGAGAAACCUUACAAGUGUAAUGACUGUGGUAAAACCUUUAAUCAGAGCUCAACCCUCACUCGACAUCGGAUAAUCCAUACAGGAGAGAAAUUACAUAAAUGUGAUGUGUGCGCCAAGGUCUUUAGUCAAAAUCCAGACCUUGUAACUCAUCAGAGAAUUCAUACUGUGGAGAACAUAGUGUCUGUGGGAAAAUCUUUCUUUCUUCCUCAGGCAUCCGUAGGCAUGACAUAAUCCAUCGAGUAGCAAAACCAUAUAAAUAUGACGUAUGUGACAGUCUUUCAUCAAAAUGCUGUCCUUGGACUUCAUCAGGAAAUUCAUACUACAGAGAAACCUUAAAAAUGUAAUGAGUGUGUCUCAGUCUUUAGUCAAAACACAAACCUUGCAAGUCAUCCAACAGUUCAUAAUAGUGAGUAAUCUUACAAAUGUAAUGAGUGUGGCUAAAACCUCUCAUCAGGGCUCACACCUCAGUAGGCAUCAGAUAAUCCGUACAGGAGAGAAAUUACAUAAUUGUGAUGUAUGCGGCAAGGUCUUUGGUUAAAAUUCAUACCUUGCAAUUCAUCGGAGAAUUCAUACUGAAGAGAAACCUUACAAACGUAAUGUGUGUGGCAAAACUUUUCAUCAUGGCUUAACUCUCUGGCAUCAUCAGAUAAUCCAUACAGGAUCCAAACCAUAUAAAUGUGAUGUGUGUGGCAGAGUCUUUAAUCGAAAUGCAGUCCUUGCACUUCUUCAGAGAAUUCUUACUGGAGAGAAACCUUACAGAUGUCUUGAGUGUGGCAGGGUCUUUUGUGAGAAGACAACCCUUACGAGGCAUCAAGAAAUUCAUAUUGCAGAGAAACUUUACAAAUGUAAUGCGUGUGCCAAGGUCUUUAGUCAAAAACCCCAACUUCGAAUUCAUUGGAAAAUACAUAACGGAGCAAAUUACAAGAGUAAUGAUUGUGGCAAAGUGUUUAGUCAAAAUGCAAACCUUGUACGUCAUCAGAGAAUUCAUAAUGGUGAGAAGGCUUACAAAUGCAAUGAGUGUGGCAAGGUCUUUCGUCAGAGUUCAGCCCUUCCAAGUCUUAGGAGAAUUCAUAAUGGUGAGCAGUCUUACACAUGUAAUGAGCAUGUCAAAUUCUUCAGUGUGCUUUCAAGCCUGACUUAAUGCCAUCAGGCAAUCCAUAUUGGUGAGAGACUUUAAUAAUGUAGUGAUGUGACGAGGCUUUUAGCAGGUGUCCCCAUCUUAUGCUUUAUUAGAAAUUUCAUUCCUGAUUGAAACCAGUAAUUGUAAUUAUUGUGGCCUGGCCUUUUGACGAGGAAUGUAUUCACCGAAGAAUUCAUUCUGGAGAUUACCUCAUGAAUGUAUGAAUGCGGAAAACCUUCACUUGGGGCUCACAUCCUACUACUCAUUAGACAGUCCAUACUGAGCAGAACAUUACAGCAUUACUCUACCUUGGGAUGCUAUUUUUUUAAACACUCCUUAAUACCUGCUCCCCAUUCUUGAGUAUGCAGUAUAUGAAUGUAUUUUUUCUUGUUCUUUUAUGUGUCUAGAUAAACGUCAUGGUGUGCACCUUGAUUUAGGUGAAGAGAAACUAGGAAAAUAGUAAGCAUAUGCAAAAUAGAAAAAUUAAAAAAUCAUGCAGUAUCACAUUUUUCCUUUAUUGUGCUCAGUGAAAUAACUUUUAGGGCUCUAUGUUCAUGAGUUUUCUCUUCAAAAUGAACCACAUACAAUGGGACAUUUUUGUUUGGUGGAUAAACUAGAAAUUUCAUGUAUUCACCCUUAAGACAUGUUUUUGUUGUUGCUGGUUUGCACUUGUGACCAUUCAGUGGAAUAGGGUGGAACCCCACACAGAAUGUGGUUUCGUUAUUGAGACUGAUAUUUAUAUGGAAGUGUUAUGAGAAUGUUUGUUAUAUAAUUCAGCUUUCCAUGGGAAGGGUGGAGACUUCCAAGGUGUUCAAAAAAUGGUUGAAGAGAACAGGGAAUGGUCAAUGGCUUCGUGUGUUAAGGAGAUCACUUGAUGAGAUUUGAACUUCCAGUUUGUAUCAAAGGAGGGAGUCCUCAGGUUGUUGUUUUUUUUUUUUUAAUUAGUUUGCCCACAUAGGUAGAAUAGGAAGAGGUUGUCCUGCUGCCCAAAGCUGUCAGUAGUCCAACAUCAUAAAAUGGAUUCAGACUGUUUAACAAAACAGCGAAU